AAAUAAGAGUAAAUAUGAGGUGCAUCGAAAAAUGCAGCAAAUAUUUAAAUAAAAAAAACAACAACUGAGUAACACUUAACCUAUCGACAUAACAUUAGCAUAUUAUUAUACGAAAGUUAAUAUAAACCACUAACUUCGUCGGACUUUGAUAAAACCUCAGAGCAAUCAAACAAAUGCCGUUAUCUGUUUGCUUAUGAUUUGUUCCACGAAAAUGGCACUUGUUUACUUCGUGUCUCGGAUAACUCGCAUAUCAUCUCCCGACGGCCGUUUUUUAAAGAAUUCUCUACGUAUUCCGAGUAACUUCCAACGAAGCUUAUGUCAAAGGACAGUGCUGACAGCCAUAAACAGUGGAACAGGAUCAGUAAGCCAGAUAUUGUCGAGAAAUAACUCCAGCGACAUGAGUUAUAACAAUCUCUCCCGGGACUUCGAGAAAGUCAAGUAUGAAAAACUUUCCCAGUCUCAGAAGGAACGGAGGAAGGAUUACAGCUGCGGCCAAAAAUUCAUCGAGCUGAAGAAGAUCCCUUCCUGGCCUGCCUUCUACAAGGAGAACUCUCACAGCGUUUCUACAGCUGCACUUCCACAAAGCCUAGCAGAGAAGUUCAAGGAUGAAUGCAGCUAUCAAGUGGACCCCGAGAUCAACGAGAAGGUGUCAGUCUUCUAUGGCGAUAUUACGAAACUAGAAAUCGAUGCCAUUGUCAACGCGGCCAAUAACAGCCUGCUCGGAGGUGGAGGAGUCGACGGUGCCAUCCACAGGGCAGCAGGGCCAUUCCUGUUGAAUGAGUGCCAGACUCUCAAUGGAUGUGAUACGGGUGAUGCCAAGAUCACCGGGGGAUAUAACCUUCCUGCGCGUUAUGUCAUCCACACUGUUGGACCUAUUGGGGAGAAGCCGUCCAUGCUAGAACAGUGCUAUCGGAGGUCCAUGCAGGUCGCACUGGAGAAUAAUAUCAAAACCAUCGCCUUUCCUUGCAUUUCUACUGGGGUGUAUGGUUAUCCUAAUGAAAAGGCUGUGCAGUUGGUCUUGCCAGUUGUGAGAACCAUGCUAGAAGCCCACAAGGAUAAGUUUGAACGAGUCAUUUUCUGUCUUUUCUUAGAUAUUGAUAAGAAACUGUAUAAUCGUUACUUGCCAAUAAUAUACCCUUUAAACUAAGAUCCUUAAUAAAUACUUGUUAAUUCUUCCACAAAAGUUGUGUGAUUACUUUUUUUUUUCUUUAUUACGUCUGAUUUCGUAACGAGUGGAAGAAGAAAAGCUUGAAUAAUUUUUGAGUAAUUACUUAAUCUUGCUGCAUAAACUGAUGUAGAUAUUAAUAAAUUUGAAUUUUUGUUUAAAUUCCCAAAGUAUUUUUAACCACAUGUAUUGUUAAUAUAUAUAUA